AUGCAUAAUAUUCCUUCUUCAUCUUCACAAUCAACAACACAACCUCGACCACCACUAACAACUUUGCCAGGAUUUGGAAUUCAACGUCAAUUACCACCAAACACCGCACCAUAUCAACUUUUUCAACCAUAUCAUAAUGGCUAUUUUCCGCCGGUUGAAAUGGUUGCGACUCCUCAACAACAGCAUGAAAUGCUAUCCGCGAUGUAUUUUCAACAACAACAGCAACAUCAACAUCAUCAACAAAUGGCAGCGGCAAAUUGGCAGGCGAAUCAUCAGAUUCAAACCACGCAGCAAAUUAUGGCCAAUAAUUCUACUACUGAUGAUAGGUAUGCUUUUCAUUUUUGUUUUCCCACACGACGUAGCAUGUGGCAAUUUAGAUUUUUUUUGUGGAAAACAUUUCAUUUUCAAAAAAAACGUGACCGAUGAUGUCGCAGCUGUGGGAAUUUAAUAAAAUCAUUUCUAAAUUUCAGAGACUCUGGAAAUGAAUCACUUCUAACUGCAUCAACACCAUCUACGCCAUCCACGUCAUCACGUGCUUCUUCAUUUCUUCAUAUUAACAAUCUUCUUUCUUCAAAUACUAAUUCAUCUUCAUCGAUUUCAUCAGUUUCAUCAACUGAAUCUCUUCAAAUUGCCAAAAAAGAGAAUACUCAACCGCCACUUGACACUACACCAAAGAUUCCACAACUUGUGCCAAAAUGGCGUGCAGUCGCAGCUCCGCCACCCAUUUUCCAUCCAUACGCUUUUCCAACACACUUUUUGCCAGCUGCACCAAGUUUACCACUUGGCCGUGAAUUGUGUGUAGUUUGUUCUGAUAAUGCGAGCGGUUAUCAUUAUGGUGUUAUGAGUUGUGAGGGAUGUAAAGGAUUUUUCCGAAGAACUGUGCAAAAAAGAAUGCAAUAUCGAUGUCAUAAAUCGGCUAGUUGUAGAGUAAGUAUUCUUUAUUGUUUUUUUGAGGUUCAAGAAUUAAAUUAAUUUUUUUCUAGAUCGAUAGAGUUUCUCGAAAUCGUUGUCAAGCUUGUCGAUUUGAUAAAUGUAUCGAAAUGGGAAUGAAUAAAGAACAAGUUCGAGUCCAAGACAAAAAAGUGGAUAAAUUAAUAAAAACUGAAGUGAAAGCUGGAAUGGGAGAAUUUGAAUCGGCGGAAAUUCAUAAUAUUCAAACGGCAUAUUCGAUCAUUGAUGAUGAGAUUGGAAAUUCGGAAGAAGCCACAAUUAAAAUUCGAGAAUUUAUUUCGAAAGUUUUGCCAGAAUUUGGAAAAGAAAGAGUAAUUGGAAUGGAGAUGAGCGAUCGAGUUAUGGUAAACAUAUUUUUAUUCUGAAACUUGAACAAAUUGAAAUUUUAAUUUUUCAGUUCCUCCGUGCUGCAUUUACAAUGGACAGUGUUGCCUAUCUUCAAAAUCGCGACAAGCAAAAAUAUCAGGAAAUUAUUGAUAAACUACGAUUCGAUAUUCGUAAUACUGUUCUGAAAAAAGAUGAAAUCGCAAUGCUCUCUGCAAUUCUGAUCGCAAAAAUGGCAAAACUUGAAGAGGCGGAGACACGUAUUAUUAAACUGUUGCAAGUAUUCUACGAACAUCGAGCAAAUGGGGAAUUUGACAAAAUUCUAUACAAGUUGGCACAUUUGGCAGUUUGA